CAGCCGCUGUUUAUUCUACACCCAUGACAAUGUAAUGAAGAAAAUUACGAUACCUGUUGAUAUUUAUUAUUAUUUAAGUCAUAAAGGGGUUAAAAUAAUAUAACCUGAAAAUAUGGUUUGACGCAAAAAUAAAAAUGAAAUUUAUAUAAUUUAGAAAAGAAAGUAGAUAUCGUCAAAUGCCAUCUCUUAUCAGGUGGUCUUUGUCCAUAGCCGAACACAACAACAACAAAAUCCAACCUGACUAAAGGAAAAAACAUUUUAUUAAUUUUAAAAAUCUAAAAGCAACCAAACCAAAGAGCACUGCGCAUCGCUUUGCCCACCGAGAGGAACAAACCCUCUCCAAGCUGAUGGUCUCGCCAGGAUUAUCCUAUCAGGUGCAAACCGCUGACAUGUUUCCUCCCACCAACAACAAAAAAGCCUCUCUGUGCCCAAAUCUCAAGCCGCAGACGCACAAACACCACUGACAGGCACUGCUGCGCCAUCACCAGCCCCCAAACCUCUCCAGGGACUGCGAUUUCCACUCUGCUUUUCUUUUUGAAAAACAUAACUUUGCUAUGCCUGGAUAAGUUUGUUUGCCCACUUUUAGCGAGUGGUGGAAGGGCGUUUUAUUAUCACCACUUUAACUUUUUUUCCAGCGUAGCACUUGGUAGAAUAAAAUGACACAUGCAAGGUGUAGAAAGCCCCCGCAGGUACGGACGGAGUUGAGGAGCCUGUGAUUUCUGGAGUAGGAUUUGGAUUGUGGGGAAACUUGGCUAUAGGUGCGCAAAACUCGAAGGAUAUUUUUUCAUGAGCGAAGGGGAUUUUUGGAGAGGUUGACUUGUGAAUCAUUUCCACGCUUGGCACCGAUUUACGGAGACGUUCCGGGAUUUCGGGGAGCCGGUCUGAGAAAAAAACUGGAUAAUUCACCCCAACAAGGAAACACCUAAUGUUGCACUCCGUGACUCUGUUGUUGCUGCUCUCCAGUGAUAUAUCCUUACACUGGGAUUCAAUCUCCUACUUACCCCCGGAGUUGUAAAGGACGCGCCAGGGAGCGAAAGCAAGAGAGAGGGGGGCGAUUUCGCCAACCUUUCCAAAUCUGUGGAAGCAGGUGUAUUUCAGGUGUAUUUCUGCGAGUCAAGAUGUCUGUGCUGCCUUCGAGGUUCAUAUACCUGUGUUUACAUUUUCUGGUACUCUAUUUCCAGCUACAGGAAUCCCAGCAGACCUCUGCUGAUUUCAGGAUUUACAUCGAGAACCACACGAGGAACCCGGACGACCUGAGCCGGAAGCAGGUCCGGAUCUAUCAGCUGUACAGCAGGACCACGGGGAAACACGUGCAGAUCCUCGGGAAGAAAGUCAACGCCAACGGAGAUGAUGGGGGCAAGUAUGCUCUCCUUGUUGUCGAGACGGAAACCUUCGGGAGCCACAUCCGAAUUAAAGGAAAGGAGAGCGAACACUACAUCUGCAUGAACGAGAAGGGCAAAAUAGUCGGAAGGCCCGAUGGACGGAAGCAGGAGUGUGUGUUUGUCGAGGAAUUCCUGGAGAACAACUACACGGCCCUCGUGUCAGCCAAGUACAAAGGAUGGUACCUCGGCUUCAACAGGAAGGGGCGGCCCAAAAAAGGCUCGCGGACCACGCAGAGGCAACAGGAAGUCCACUUCAUGAAGCGCCAGCCGAAGGGCAGGCUGGACCCGCUGGAGGAGUUUCGCUUCACUCCGGUUACUAAGCGGACACGAAGGGCUCGGCGGUUAAAAGCCAACUCCAAGAGGAACUGAUGGGACCAAUCAAUGGGACAGGACAGCACUACUUUUCCUCAAAGGGGGGGAAAUAGAAAAAAAAAAACGAACUUAACUGAAAAAAUCUCAAGCUUCUUCUUGUCUUCACCUUAAAGACUUCACUUCUGUAAAAGAAAGACAGACAAAAAGAACAAAAAAAAAGAUGUUUUAUUUUUGUAUUUCAGGAUGACUGAAUAUUUCCUAACUCUUGGAUUCUUCUGGGUUGAUGUCAUUGUGCUAACGUGUCUGUCAUGUUAUUUAUACUGGAUACACUAAAGGACCUCUGAGAGAAACUGUCGCCGUCCUCCUCGGCCACGUUUGAACUGAAGGCAGUGCAUUCUCUCUUCUUUUUUUUUUUUGUUACGCGAUGUUAUAAAAAUCAGCCAACUAGAGAUUUAUUGGAAUACCUGUCCCCUUUUUUUGUUUGUGUUGCCCCUGACAACGCGGAUCCCAUACUUUCCACUGGAAUCGGACACCAUGGAGACGAACCGGAGAGAGGUGGCGGUCGCAGGUGACUCUGUGCUGCCGGGAUAACUGUGUAGCUCUGAGUGCAAUGUUUUACAGGUCUCUCUUUCUCUGCCUCUCUGCUUUGUUUUUCCAUAUGUCUCUCAACCUCAGCUCCACUGGCGGCUCCAGGAAUGCUGUGUGUGAUUCCCUUGACGUUUCCUGUGAUUCAGCUAAAACACGACAUGCUUUGACUAGUCGGGCACCAGCCGUGGCUUUAGUCUUGUUUAAACAGCUAAAAAGAAAACAAUACAAACAAAAAUAUUACAGCUGAUGUGAUUCAUAACUCCACUAAGUCUUCCAACUUCAUCACUAUGUAUGCUAAUCCCUCUUGUCGCCCACUUUCAUAACAGCUCUUCCUCAAAGAAAAGGAUGAUUCUUUGAGUGUGAGCUAGCUAAUAUUGUUCGGGGCUGGUGAUGAAGACGUCCUCUACCUCCUUGUUCUUCUGUGUUUAUCUUCACCUAGUCUGACUGUCUGUGCUCAGUUAAUCUCCAGAACCUUUCAGACGCUCUUCUGUUUUUUCUCUUCCAAAAUCAUCUUUCGACCGUGAGCUCAUCUUUGCUCCAUUUCACACUCGACACACUUUUAGGAAAGCUUAUCCCCGUGCUUGUUUUGUGAUCUGCAGACAGGAAGACUGUAGCCCUUUACUUCCUUAAAGGUGGGGUAGGUAAGUUUGAGAAACCGGCUCGAGAUACACUUUUUAUUAUAUUGCAUGGAAUGCUCUUAACAUCCUGAUAGCAAUGAAUAUCUGAAGUGCUUUGACAAAAAAUGUCAUCUGUGGAAGCUGUAGCUCUGUAAAAAGCACGACCAAUCAUCUGAUCACCCGGCUAAAGUAACUGGAUGGCCUACCUGCCUGUCAGCCUGUGCACAAACUUACCUCGUGCCCUCAUUGGUCAUGUGCGCGUUCGUGUGUGUUGGAGGAGGGGCUCUGUAAGGAAGUGGCAGAUUUUUUCCGGCUGUGUAUUUUCUAAUUCUUGCGCACUCGAGCUGGUUUCUCCAAAAUUACCUACCCCACCUUUAAGUUCACAUUUGACAAUUAAGACUUCUCCUCAGAAACCCAGAUUUCUCGAGAUUGUGGGAAUAUUUUCUGAAAAAAAGGGGAAUAGUCUGUGCUUCAAUCAUUCCCUCUCACUGACGACAAACUCCAGCCUCCUCUCACCUGUAGUGUGUAUUCGCCUGUUUCCGGGCAGGUGUUUGUAUGAGUUGCUACUAACAACAUGACACAUUUAUGAUCUUUUUUUUUUUUUAAACAAAUGUAAGCGAAAAAUAAUUUUAUGACUAUUAUUAAGAUAUUUAUUGCCUCCCUUUGUAAAUAAAAUGUGAUGAGUUUUAUUUGGCCUCUGUUAAUAAAAUGAGGACUAUAUUUUAAAAACUAUUUUAUGUGUUUUUAUUGCACUGGAGAAAGCCUGGUUCAGGAUGGAAUUCAACAAUGUGAACGUUGAUUAUCAGACUUCCUUAAAGAGAAAUGCUGCAGGUAGCCAUUGGUUGGACAUAGAGUACAUUCCCUUCUCCUCAUCCUGCCAAGGUAUGCAUUUUUAUAUACAAACCCAAAGUGUGAGGACUGCUUUUAAGGUCAGAUGUUUUUAAAUUGAGAAAGCUCUAUUGCAACAUCUCUGCAGGCUUUGUAUAUCACCAUGAAGGGCAACAAGAGUUCACGGUUUGUGCUUUCUUUAAACUUCAAUAUCAUAACAUAUUAUACAAAAUAAUUGGGCCAAGAAAGUAAAAUGUAUCUUUGUAUGUGCUCCUUCUUUUAAGUGUCAAUAACUAAGAUACACAUGUAUUAAAGGGGCCCUAUUCUGUUCA